AUGAAGCUAGACUUCAAAUCAAACAAGUUGCGGCCCUCAUUUCUCGCUCUAGCUACGGCAGCAUGUCUUUGGUUUUCUAUUCUGACAUCACUCUUAGCUAUUAUUCUACUGCACGUUCCAAGCGUGUCGUGUAACUCGUUGGCUGGUCCACGAUUCUGCAUUCCACAGUACACAGUCCGUUUUUUGGAGGUCCCGAACCCCGAUCAGAAUAUAUUCGUUGGAGCCAAGAGUCUUUUGACUUUACUCUCUUACGUUGCAUUGGAUUUAAACGCAAAGGGCAAAGCUGCUAACUUGGAAGAUUACGAUGACGUGAACCUGGUGAACACGUUCAAUUCUCCUAACCGCUAUAAAGUGAACCAUUUGGGAUACUGUAAAGAGCAGCCGUCAGUAACAAAGAUUCCUCGCUAUUGCAUCAACAACCGCAACGGGUUGGAGCCUGUUUCCACCCUCAUCCGAGACGUGGGUGUACAAUUUGGAAUCACCUCAUCAAAAAACCCAUACAUGAUGGGCAAUUCCUUCGUGUACGCUUUCAAACUAGGACUUAGCACUCUGCUUGAAGCAGGUAAAAACGGGACAACGCAUCCGGACGACAACGUUUUCGCCAAAUACGUGACCAAUGAUCCCAGCUCCGAUAGCGAUGCUCCAGUUCGCGAUCUCAGUCGAUGGCAAAGCGUGGCAGAGCUAUUGGUAGUGCUUCAACAUCUAUGCUGGUCGAUAAGCUUCAUUAACCUGGUCGAAUUUCUGUUGUGCGUUCUUGUCGUAAUAUCGACUAUCAUCACAGCACCAACUGCAUUUACGGGCAAACAAAGAGACAAGAAGUUUAGGAAAAUAUGGCGGAUUGUCGAUAUCUGGGGACAUUUUGCUCUCAAGAUUCUUCCCAUCGUGGUCGCUAUUGUGAGUUUUUUCGGUGUUUUCAUUUCGACCGUACUGUAUAUGUCGUUGAGCAGAGCCUCUUCGACCCAAGGGCUUUCCAGAAGAUACUACGAUCUUCAAGUAGGUGGUGCAUUCUACGUCAACGUUGCGAGAUUGGUUUUGGAAUGCGUUUUGAUCUGGCAAACCGUGAAAUUCAACCAACACAGGAACAACGCCGAAAAUGAGCUACAGUUAAGCCCAGCGCCUCUAGAAAGCUGGCAAAAAGACAUAGAAAUGGACUCGAUACUCUCCUCAAGUACAACAGUCUGA